AACACAGAGGCAGACUGUGGUCACUGACCGGAGACUCUACUGGCUUUUAUUCUACUCAAAUCAGACCGCAUGUCUGACCCAGGGGUCCGCCUGCUGCCGGGAGCAAACUGCACUCAUUUCCCCAGUAUUUGACAGAUGGAUGCUGUGCUGUCGUAGAGGAGGAGGAUGAAAAAAUCGCCUGAUAUAUUUUUUGGCAUUUUCGCUCAUAGCCUAUUUAUGGGAGGCAGCGGCGGCUUGGCCCUUUCUUUAUUAUAGGAAAGAGAUCUCCGCGGUUAGCUAUGUGAAGAGCAGAUCGCCUAAUAAUUCUCGUUUCGCGCUCCUGAGGAAUAAUUAUGAACAACGCGCAGGAUAUGUCGCCCGAUUUCGUGUUGAUGCGCCUGGUUUCCGCGGCCGAGGAUGACCGCUUGGACGCGGAAAACGGGAAUCUGCCGCCGGGAGGAGUGGUGGCAGGGCUGGGGAAGGAGGUCCUGGCUCACAGCGGCGUCAAAGCGGGGUUGGAUAUCAGCCGAGAUCCGACGGCGGGCCUCGAGCAUCCCAGCAGCCGCCUGAACAAAGCCCAGCCGAGCGGCGAGGGCACGGCUGCACCUGACACCGGGGUGACGGAGAGCCGAGCCCCGCUGUCCGCGCCUCCUCCGCCGCAGAGCCCCAUGGAGGCCCAGGGCUUUGACUUCGCUCCCAGCCCCGGCCUACGGCCUCAGCUGCUGGUCUUCUCCAAUAUAAUGCGGAACGGAGAAGGGAUUUUAGAAUUAGACCGUCGGAAUCAGCCGAGGGAUGCUCUGGGUUUGGACCAGAGCCCGGGGUCUGGAUGCACCGGCCCGGCUGUCAAUAACAACACUAUGAGCCCCGGAGACGUUCAGCAGCAGCAGAACCUGCUGGACCGGACAUGGGGAGCGCAUCCGCCGGUCUCCGUUACCGCGGAGAUGCAGGGAGCUGCGGAGCUUUGCCGCCGGCACCGACUCAUCACUACCCCACCCGAGUGGCCCUUGUUGACGGAGAGAUCCAACCCUCUCACCGUGAUUGACUCUAAAUGGGGAUGCGCCUCCAGGGACAGAGAGGGAGCCGUGUUUGAGCUGGCCCGGCGGUUCGGGGAGCUGGGGGUCGGUGCGGUACCCAAGAUGCUGCUCAAAGCAGGGGAGCUCCCGCAGUGUUCGUGUCAGGGCGCACACAGGCCGGCAGGAGGGGGAGUGGAGCCCGGGGAUGACCCCACAGAGACCAGCGAUGCUUUGUUGGUCCUGGAGGGGCUGGGGAGCGGGGAUGUUGCCGGCCUGGGCAUGGACGAGUGCCCGGAGGGUGAGCCGGACGACGAGAACGUACGCCGCGAGUUUUUACUCAACAGGAAACGAGAAAUAGUUCAGAAAAUGUCCGGGACUUUCUCCAUCAGCAGUUUCCAAGCGGAGCUGAGGCGGCAGGUGGAGGGGAUGGCCCCGGCGGCGACCGAGGCGGCGGCAGCGGCGCACCUUGGCGCGCAGGUGUGCAGCCUCCACGGGAACUUAGCCAGUCGACUCUCGCAGGUAAGCUCCGGGGAUUCAGAGGUUGUCGCCCAGGUUUCAGUCACGUCACCGUCAUCUACACCGGUCCAGAGCUCACCUUGGGCCACGAGCCCAAACCUGAGCCAGGCGUCGACACCCAGAAGGCGGCCGGAGCGGUGCGCCAGUGCGCCACGGACUCCCACGGGCUGGGCCGCGGGUGGGGAAAAGACGCUCAAAGUUCCAGGGAAGUCCAAAAAGGGCUCGUUAAAGAUCCGCCUGAGUAAACUGUUCCGAACUAAAAGCUGCAGCGGCUCCAAUCACCUGCUGGACAAGAGGCCCUCGGUGACCUACUCAGUAUCUUCUGCCGGGAGUCUGGUGGACAUGGCGAGCACAGCUGGUGCUGAGCAGGACACAGACAGCCACAGCCAGCCCAGAUUGACCAGGGCCCACAGUGCCUUCUCCCCCGCCUCCCUCUCUGCCUCCCUAUCUGCUUUCACUGGUGAGACUGUUUCUCUGGUGGAUGUGGAUAUUUCGCGGCGAGGGGCGAACACGCCACACCCUCCCACGCCUCCCCCUCCUCCACGUCGAAGUCUCAGUUUGUUAGAUGACAUAGCCGGGCCUCAGCCUGGACCUUUCCUAGUGAGUGUUAUGGGCGCCUCCCUGCAGUCCCUCCCUCUGCCUCUCCCUCCUCCUCCUCCUCCCUCCCACGCCACCAUCCAGCACAGUCUCAGCCUCAAUGACGCCUUCCUUCGGGCCCUCCCUCAUUCGACCCCAUCACCUGGUGAUGCUCCACCUCCUUCCAGACAGCCCCCGCCCCCUAUGUUGUGCGCCCUGCGGCGGUCUGAAGCCAGCAACUUCACCGCCAGUCUGAGAGAGCUGGAGAAGUGUGGCUGGUACUGGGGUCCUAUGAACUGGGAGGACGCAGAGAUGAAGCUGAAGGGGAAACCGGACGGAUCCUUCCUGGUCCGAGACAGUUCAGACCCCCGAUACAUCCUGAGCCUCAGCUUCAGGUCGCAGGGAGUCACACACCACACACGCAUGGAGCACUAUCGAGGGACGUUCAGCUUGUGGUGUCACCCGAAGUUUGAGGACCGCUGCCACUCUGUGGUGGAGUUCAUCGAGCGAGCCAUCAUGCACUCCAAGAACGGCAAAUUCCUCUACUUCCUCCGCUCCAGAGUCCCAGGGCUUCCUCCCACCCCGGUCCAGCUGCUGUAUCCUGUGUCUCGCUUCAGCAACGUGAAGUCGCUACAACAUCUCUGUCGCUUCUGCAUCCGACAAAUGGUCCGCAUCGACCACAUCCAGGAGCUUCCACUGCCCAGACCACUAAUAUCCUACCUGAGUAAGUUUUAUUACUACGACCCCGAGGAGGAGACGUACCUGUCAAUCAAGAGCAUCCGGAGGGCGGUGGGAGCGGAGCAAGAGGCCGAGUCGCAGACGUAGCAGCAGAGAUCUUCUCAGCUCAAGUUUCUGUAUGGAGGACUGAUAAGCACUGGUCUGCCAGUCUUCCAGCAUCAGCCAAUCAGAGUCCCCGGAUGUCUCUGUGUCUCCAGCUGGACUUGGAUGGACCUCGCCUCUACCUUGACUUGGACUAACAAAAAGAGGGACGAGUGUUUGCAGCUGGACGGCGGGAAAACUGUCAGUGAGACGUUCAGGUGCAGAGGACUCAGCCUCGUCUUCAGAGGGACUGCAGAGACGUUCUCACCUGCGAAAACAUGUCGGUUCGAAACAAACGGAGAAUUAUGAACUUUAUUUGCAAAUUUCCUGAAGCUACUGAACUGGACUUUUAAAAACACACAAUGCACUGGUCGAUUUGUACAACUGUUGUUUGCUGCCGUUUCCUUGUUUUUCCUUCCAUGCUGUCAAAAGGAGGGUUUUUUGGAUUAAAAGUUGCCCUCGGGACAGAUAUACACACAGAGGCAGGGCAGCAGAGGCCCAUCACUGAGCAGUCAGACAGUCAGGCCACAAUGUUGGAGGACCUAUAAUCUUAUAGUGGGUAACCUGAAUAGCUUUUCUGCCUGGAAAUAACAAAUUUACAAUAUUAGCUACAGUGCUAAUGUAAUACUAAUGUCAGUAACAAAUACCAGCCAUAAAAUUUACUCGAAAUAUGUGGAUUGGUUCUCUCAGCUGGGCGUUUAUACGUCAUAAACAUCUCCAUCUUUUGUGUUUUUUAAGCCUGAUUAUAAGAACAAAUUGCCAUGUCAUUUCAGUUAAGACAUUUUGUCUGACAUUGGGAUUUCUGUUUGCGAGACGGGGCUAUUUUGUUUUGUUUUAAACUAAUCAGUAGUGAGAGAUGUAUCAGUCCCACUGAUGUCAUUUUAAAUGUACAUGGACGCUGUGAGUAGCAGUUACCUUAUUUGCCAUAUCUAAUGAUGGAACAGGCAGAUUACUACACCUGUAAAGUGACCAUUUGUCCAUCAGUUACUCACCGUGCGCUACCCACAUGCCUCUGUGGGUACUGGAGAAUUUAGAAAAGGCAAACAUUGUAAACAUGGCCCGCGUCUGCCAGCAAAACUAUAUCAAAACAUCUGUUUACAACCUCUCACACAACUAAUGCAGUAUAAUCCAAGUCUCAUUAGCAGAGCUGAGGGCACACUACUUGUAGCCGAAGUGCUUCAUAUUCAUAACAUUUUAGUGAAAACGCAUGUAUCCAUACGACUGGAUAAAUGAGACUUGGAUUAUACUGAGAUCGCAGAUACGAGCAGCUGAAAUGAGUUUCCUCGCGGGGUGUCUGGGCUCAGCCUUAGAGAUAGGGUGAGGAGCUCGGACAUCUGGAGGGAGCUCGGAGUAGAGCCGCUGCUCCUUCACGUCGAAAGGGGUCAGUUGAGGUGGUUCAGGCAUCUGAUCAGGAUCCUCCUGGGUGCCUCCUGUUAGAGGUGUUCCAGGCACGUCCAACUGGUAGGAGGCCCCGGGGCAGACCCAGAACACACUGGAGGGAUAACAUGUCUCAUCUGGCCUGGGAACACCUUGGGGUCCUCCAGGAGGAGCUGGAAAUUGUUGCUGUGGAGAGGGACGUCUGGAAUACUUUGCUCAACCUGCUGCCCCUACAACCCCGCUACAGAUAAGCGGUUGAAUAUGGAAUGGAUUAUACUACACGAGUUGUAGUUCUCCGUUCCCUGUGGAGGCAUGAGAGAAAAUCAAAGUUUUCUUCACGACUUCACUGUUGAGUAAUGGAUACACAAAUGGUCAUUUUGUGGGUGAAGUAUUCCUUCAAAGGGUAACUUUGGUAUUUGUCAGUCUCGACCGGUUCCGUCUCGACUUGAAACCGGUCCAGUCUUGAGUGAGAGGACUGCAGCUGGCAGCAACGAAGCAGGCUGCAAUGUAAUCACAUGGGGCAAUUGUGCGCCCUCAGUGUAUGUUGACUAUGAAGUGUUUGUUGUUGCAAUAAACAGCUCAAACUAUUAGUUGUGUCUGACAACAUUAUAGAAAGGAUCGUUACAGAGAUAGACCUUUACGGUAAAGGGUAAGAUCCUUUUUGUUUGACCUGAAACAGCCCCAAAAUUGCCUUUGUCAAACCCACCAGACUCCAUUUAAAUAAACAGCAAUUUUAGUGUGUAUAGAGCCAUCAUAUUUUUAGAUUUAACCGGGUUAAUUGAGGGUUUAUGUCAACCAAACUGGAGCUGGCGAAUGUCGGAAGAGUGGAAAGACAAACAAAGACAGCUUUUGUGAGUUUUAUUUUGUUUUGCGGGAUUUUGAAUGAAGCAUGUUUUAUGAUAAUAAAAUUACUGUUUAUUUAAAUGGAGUUUGGUGGCAUUAGCAGCGGCCAUUUCAAGGCUGUUUUUGGUUAAACACAAAGGACCUCACUCUUAAACUAUCUGUCUAUCUCAUCAGGGGGUUUUUCAAUCAUGUUGUCAGACACUUAAUAUAACAAUAUGCGCCUGUCAGUGGCAAAACAAGCACAUUUAGUGGAUGUAAAUUGAUGAUGCACAAUUGCCCCAAGUGUUAACACUGCAACCUGUUUAGCUGCUGCCAGCUGAGGCGGUCUCACUAAAUACUGGACCAGUUUCAAAAACUGUUGUCAAGAUUAGUCACUUAAACACAUAAGAAUGAGACAAUGGGGUCCAGGUUGAAAAAUACCAAAGUUGCCCUUUAAGUCCACUUGGGACACCUGGUCAGUCUCAUCUGUCCUUGCUGCCACAUUUCCGUCACUAUCUUCCUGGAUGUCGCCAGCUCACCAUGUAGAAAGAUGAUGUCUCCCAUUUUUAAUCUCGCCUACAAAGCUCAGAUUGUUCAGUUGUCUGUCCAACAGGCACAAACAGCCUUCAGUGAGCACAACAACAGAUCCAUGUGAAUCCCUGAACAAACCCAAACAAACCAAAUCACAGCCUUCAGCAUCACCAAGACGUAACAAGCAGAAAUAUCUUCGGGGAAAAAGUAGCGUUACUUCCUCUUGUUUUGAUGUCACUCCUCUAUUGUGGUGGAUCGUAUAUUGAUGUACAUUCAGUCACCAAACACGCUCAACAACAUCUGACCUCUGUUCAGUGGGAAAAAUGGUCACAGUCAUUGUCGUUGUUGUUACAACAAAAACAAACAAACAAAAAAAUGAGAAACAACAACAAAAUGUAAUGUUGAGUGUCCUGCUGCUUUGUGUGUUCCCACAGACGCUACCUUCAGACUAGAUGUCAGUUUCAGAUGUCCAGUACGUCGCAGCAGGUGUGGAAUGCAGUGUUGUACUGAUUUCCUACACUUCCCAGGAUGCCUCUUGGCAACUUUUAUAAACAGGUUGUAGUUUUAAGUCACAUGAACAUCACUAGGCUUCUGCCCAACUAGUUCAUAAACACUGAGCUGCGUCCAGUACUCACAGCACAACGUGUCCUGGAGAUGCAGUGCAUUCUGGUCUAUUGAGGCUCCUGUUGGGACAUUAUUUGUUGCUCUGAUAUUACAUUAUUUCAGCACAUGUAGUUGCUGUUUACAUUUGAAGAGAUAUUUACAGUAACAGGGGAAAAUACACCAAAGAAAAAUUAUCUUCAGAAAUGCAAUUUAUAAAACAAACACAGUUUGAUUCAUUGGAAUUUAAGGUGGAGCCAUGUCGCUUAUGAUAAAAUAUUUAUUUUAUUUUUAUUUAUGACUAAUGCACUUAUGCUGAUGUCUCUUAGAUAAUUAAAAUUAUUGAAAUUAUUUAAAUGGAUUUAAACACGAGAGUUGCAAAACUAACAUGAAGUUAACUUACAUCUGCAAAAACAAAACAAAGAAAUAUUCGACACUACUGUGUUGGGAGUUUAGGAGCCUUGUUUUUCCCAUAAUGCCCUGCCUCAGAGUGUGUAUAUCUGCCUCAUCUGACUCAUCUCUAUCUGUCAGUUUUAUUUGUUGAAAUGCCCAGGUGUAUUUUGCUCAUUCUAUUUCUCAGUACCCUGAAGCUGACUACUGGCUCAGCGAUUUCAGUAAAAAAAGAAAAAUAAACAUUGGU